GUGGCGGCCCCUUUAAGAAGUGCAGGGUGGCGGCUGUGAAACUCAAAACGAAGCAGACUAUCAAACUACAGAUAAACAACAGCUUCUUUAGAGACUAAGAAAGAAAACUUCAUACAAAAAUACAACAUUACUUUGAUAUCCUCAAGACACAAGUAGGUCGGCGGGGCUGGAUGGCUGCAUGCGGUCGGUCGUCAUGGUGAAGAAUGUUCCGGAAAGUCAAGAAGCGCCACAGCAGCAGCAGCUCCCAAAGCAGUGAAAUCAGCACCAAAAGCAAAUCUGUGGACUCCAGUUUAGGAGGACUGUCUAGAUCCAGUACCGUUGCCAGCCUUGACACAGAUUCCACCAAGAGCUCAGGAAACAACACGUCUGAGACGUGCGCUGAGUUCCGGGUGAAGUAUGUUGGAGCCAUCGAGAAGCUGCAGUUUGAUAUGAGCAAAACCCUGCAGGACCCUCUGGACCUCAUUAAUUAUAUCGAUGCCGCUCAACAAGAUGGGAAGCUGCCGUUCGUGCCUGGAGACGAGGAGAUGAUCCUGGGAGUGUCCAAGUACGGAGUCAAAGUGGCCUCACUGGAUCAGUGUGAUGUGCUGCACCGCCACCCUCUCUACCUGAUCGUGCGAAUGCUCUGCUACGACGAUGGACUCGGUGCAGGGAAGAAUCUCCUGGCUCUGAAAACAACAGAUGUGCGGCAGGAGGAGUGUAGCAUCUGGGUCUACCAGUGCAGCAGCUCCGACCAGGCUCAGUCCAUCUGUAAGGUGUUGUCGGCUUCUUUUGACUGCGUCCUGAUGUCGGAGAAGUCCUGAGGUCAGGAAGACAAACUAACGAAGAGAUCCCACCGAAGUCGCAGUAAACCAUCUGCAAGAUGAAUAAUUCAUCAGGUCCCAGUUUGGAACCAUUUCCCUCUUUUGAGCAACUUCUCUUCAGAAUUUGAUUCUAAUUGCAAACUGCAUUUUAUUAGUUUGCAAAAGAACACAAAUAAGACUUUUAGGCCUGUUUUUGUGCCUGUUGAUGAUUUAUACUGUGUGACCUAAAGCACAUUUAGGGUGCGUCACCUCAUCUGUGCUCUUUAUACGGCAUAUAAUCACCACAAAGUCAGACUCAGCACACAAACAGGUUCCAUUUAGUCUUCUGAUUAAUUCUGUGUGUUCUGGAUGUCGCACAAUGUUUUAUAUCAUUCCCUUUAAGAGCGUUGUGCGCCUGAAUCUGCCAUGUUGCUAUUUUGUUAGUGGAUUCAGUAGGUGAGAGAAGUGAGAGGUUUUCUGGUGAUGGAAGAGAUCCUCGCGAGGGCGUCACUGAGAGCAGCACCUCCCUGAGGUGAAGCAGUUGAGCGCCUCGUUUCUACACCUCCUCCUCCAGCUUCAUCCAUCUGAUCUCCUGUCUGUCCCACCAGGUGCCUACGGCGCCUGCGCUUGGACUGCCACGUGACCAGCCCUGUCUGGUGCAUCUCAACUGUGAACUCAGAGAAAGAAAACCAGUGUUAAAAUUAUGGUACAGUCCAGAGACGGUACGAUACCGCUUUUUCAUGUCUGAUACAAUACUGAUACUGGAACCUUAAGUAUCUGCUGAUACCACAACCAGUCUGAUAAGUUUUCUGUCUUAAAAUAUCAAAUCUGUUAAUACCUUGGCAUCGUGGCAGUCCCUCUGUGGCAAGGAAGAUCAUCUCUUGAUUGAUUCCUGAAUGAGAUGGUGGACCCGGAGAUGACUGAACAGGUGCACACCGUUUUUGACAGACGCUACACGUGGUUGCUGCUGGAAGCUUCUCUAUCACUUUCCCCUUCCUCUUUUCCUCUUUUAUUCGUCCUCACUUUUUUGAAGACUUCCACUACCGCAUGGAUUAUGGCUCGCCAGCUAGCUCAGUCCCUUGCUUCUUACUUCCAGAGUUUUAAGAGAAUAUGAAUGACAACACAAACACUUCUUUUUCACUCAUGGUUAUGGUUGGGUGAAGCCAUUUAUUUUCAAACAACUGUGUUUACUCUUUUUAAAUC